AGGAAAAAGAGAUUAAAAAAAAAAAAAGAAAAAGAAAAACACGGGAGCGGUACAAACGAAGAAAAAAAGGUCACCGAAGUCAGAAUCGAGAGUACCCACCAAAAAAAAGAAAAAAAAAGAAAAAAAAAAAAAACAAAGAAGUCAAAAUUAUGAUAUUGGGUCUUUGAUUUUUCUCGUUUGUUUAAUACGUUUGUGUUUUUAGGUGUAUUCUUCUCAGAUUUCUUCGUGGAAGAGGGGAAAUCUGGGAAGCUUGAACGCCGAAUGGAUACAAAGCCCAAAAGGGCGAUGAGAUUUCUGUCAUAAGCCGACAGCGUAUUGCCCUGAGUUAAUAUUUGAUCCUGGAAAAGUUGCGAUCUUUCGGCUUGUCCUGUGGUAUUUGAUCGAAUUAUUGACUUUUGCUGUCGAUAUCUUGGACCUGUGUUAGGAUCAAAAUCCGUUUCUUGUUGUUGUUCUUCUUAUCCCUCUUUUUUCCCGGGGUUUUGGGAGGUUUUAGGUCUCCAAUUAGUUUAUCUAAGUUGCGAAAACCUCAGGGUUGGAAUAUAAUUCAGGUGCUUCAGUUUUCCUGGACUGUGUUUCUUCUUGCUUCCUCAAUAUUUUCUUUUCUUUUCUUUUCUUUUUUUUUUUUAACGGAUUAUGGAAUUAAACCUCUGGACUUGCCUUAGCAACCAAAGUCCUCACCUUGUGUUCCUUUUUUUUUUUUUUUUUUUUUGGUUCCCUUAGAAAUGUGUUUUGAGAUAUAGAUUACUUGGUAGUUUCCAGUAAAUUUUCGAAUCUUGAUUCUGGGUUCUUGAACAGUUUUUGUUUAAAUAAGACAAAUUUUUGAAUUUUCGAUGGCAAAUCAAGCGCAGCCUUCAAUUCGGUAUUCUGUUGGUGUCGCUUCCUCACACCCAGAAACUCAGAGUUCUCAUCCUGAGAGAAGCCCUGUUCCUCCACCUUCUGUUUCACCUGGCGCACAUAGGUUUCCACCCCCUAAAUUUCAAAAUGAUCAGAUUCCUUCCCCUUCAAUCCAAGCCCCAACUACAGCGUCACCUGCAAAUGGGGUGAAAUCUGGCAGCCCCCCACCUCAUUUGAGCACUCCCCCUGGACCUCCUGUAUUUUCUUCUCCUGUCCGGCCUGCUGCUGUGCCUUUUCGCGCUUCACCUUCAACUCCUCAGCCGGUUGCUUUCUCUUCAGGCUCGUCUUUGCCAACGUCUUCCCCUCCCCAUUUUUCAAAUGGAUCGGUUGAUUUGCUACACCAAACUUCUGAUGUAACAGAGGAUUUGACAACUGUUGGGGAAGCACCUUACGUUCUAUUCUCAGCCCAUAAGGUAUUGAAACAGAAAAAACUAGCUAAUGUGCCAAGUUUGGGUUUUGGAGCAUUGGUUUCUCCUGGGAGGGAGAUUUCACCAGGUCCUCAGAUAAUACAACGUGAUCCACAUCGCUGCCAAAAUUGUGGAGCUUAUGCAAAUGUCUAUUGUAAAAUAUUACUUGGAUCAGGCCAGUGGCAGUGCGUUAUUUGUCGGAAACUGAAUGGAAGUGAGGGUGAAUAUAUAGCUCCAAGCAGGGAAGACCUUCGUAAUUUUUCAGAGCUGUCAUCUCCUAUGGUUGAUUAUGUUCAAACUGGGAACAAGAGACCUGGUUUUAUUCCAGUUUCUGAUUCAAGAAUGUCUGCACCCAUUGUGCUUGUCAUAGAUGAGUGUUUAGAUGAGCCACACCUCCAACAUUUGCAGAGCUCAUUGCAUGCAUUUGUUGAUUCGCUUCCACCAACCACAAGAAUUGGGAUCAUCUUAUAUGGUCGAACUGUAUCAGUUUAUGAUUUUUCGGAGGAAUCAAUUGCAUCUGCCGAUGUGCUUCCUGGUGAGAAGUCACCGACGCAGGAGUCCUUGAAGUCAUUGAUUUAUGGAACUGGCAUAUACUUGUCUCCAAUGCAUGCUUCACUGCCUGUUGCACAUGCCAUAUUCUCAUCACUGAGGCCAUAUAAAUUGAACAUUUCAGAAGUUUCCAGAGAUCGAUGCCUUGGUACAGCUGUUGAGGUUGCUCUUGCUAUAGUGCAAGGGCCAUCAGCAGAAAUAUCUCGAGGGCUAAUCACUAGGUCAGGAGGUAAGAGCAGGAUUAUUGUGUGUGCUGGUGGACCUAAUACAUAUGGUCCUGGAUCUGUUCCACAUUCCUACAGUCAUCCAAAUUAUCCUCAUAUGGAAAAAACUGCAUUGAAAUGGAUGGAACAUCUAGGGAGAGAGGCUCAUAGACACAAUACAGUUGUUGACAUUCUAUGUGCCGGGACAUGCCCUGUAAGGGUUCCCGUUGUGCAGCCUCUUGCAAAGGCUUCUGGGGGUGUUUUAGUUCUUCAUGACGACUUUGGUGAGGCCUUUGGUGUAAAUUUGCAAAGGGCGUCUACUAGGGCGGCAGGUUCCCACGGUAUAUUGGAAAUACGCUGUUCUGAUGAUAUUCUCAUAUCUCAAGCUGUGGGUCCUGGUGAAGAGGCACAUGUUGAUACUCAUGAAACCUUUAAAAAUGACUCUUCUCUUUAUAUACAAAUGCUUAGUGUUGAAGAAACACAGAGCUUUUCACUUUCCAUGGAAACUAAAGGGGAUAUUAAGAGUGAUUAUGUAUUUUUCCAGUUUGUGAUUCAGUAUUCAAAUGUGUAUCAAGCUGAUAUAUCAAGAGUGAUUACUGUCAGAUUGCCAACCGUGGAUAGUGUUUCUUCAUAUCUUGAGAGCGUUCAAGAUGAAGUGGCAGCGGUCCUUAUUGCCAAGAGGACCCUCCUGAGGGCCAAAAACUAUUCUGAUGCCAUUGACAUGCGAUCAACAAUAGAUGAAAGAAUUAAAGACAUUGCUUUGAAAUUUGGGUCUCAAGUACCAAAAUCAAAGCUCUACCGGUUCCCCAAGGAGAUUUCUUUAUUACCAGAGCUUCUAUUCCAUCUCAAAAGGGGUCCACUACUAGGAAGCAUUGUUGGGCAUGAAGAUGAGAGGUCUGUACUUCGAAACCUGUUUUUGAAUGCAUCCUUUGACCUGUCUCUUCGGAUGGUAGCCCCUCGUUGUCUAAUGCACCGGGAAGGAGGAACUUUUGAAGAACUACCAGCUUAUGACCUUGCUAUGCAGUCUGAUGCGGCAGUUGUCCUUGACCAUGGUACAGAUGUCUUCAUUUGGCUGGGAGCUGAACUUGCUGUUGAUGAAGGAAGAAGUGCAGCUGCAUUGGCUGCAUGCAGGACGUUGGCUGAAGAGCUAACUGAAUUCCGUUUCCCAGCCCCUCGCAUCCUUGCAUUCAAGGAGGGAAGCUCUCAGGCUAGGUAUUUUGUUUCUCGGCUGAUACCGGCACACAAGGAUCCUCCUUAUGAGCAGGAGGCAAGGUUCCCUCAGCUAAGAACAUUGACGACAGAGCAGCGGACAAAGCUGAAAAGCAGUUUUAUUCACUUUGAUGAACCCAGCACCUGUGAGUGGCUGCGAAGUCUCAAAGUGGUUCCCCCAGAACCUAGCUAGCUUAGCUAAAUGGCUAAAUGCCCUGCUCUUGCUUUCUUUUCUUUCCCCGCCCCAACCCACAACAACAACAACCAAAAAAAAAAAAAAACAAAACCAUCCUUACUGGAGAGAAGGCUGCUAUUUACAUUGAUUUUGUUUGAUUAUUUCCAAAAUUGUAUAAUUGCGAGUUUUACUAAUUCCAAACAGUUCGCUUCCCAACAGCCCGUCCCCUUGGUCUCACUCAGUGGGGCCAGUUAGAUAUUUACUGUUUCUUUUAUCCGAAAAAGAAGCACAUCUAUUCUAUGUUGAGCUUUAAAAAAAUAACGUGUUGUAUCUUGUCGCAUAACUGGUAUACGAAUCUGUACGGUAGAUGCUGUAGGAAACAAGUUCGAAUGCAAAUAGCAAGCUAUAAUGCAUUAAUUAAUUAAUUAUAAACUAUAUCUGUGAAUGGUGAGAUUGAUUUUUCAGAUAAAACAGCAGGAGCAGAUUACCGUGCCGCUGCAAAUCAAAAGUCAAAUGAUUUGCAUGUUAAUUUGGAAGGCAAAAGUGUAACAGAUUCUGUAAUUCCUAUUUCAAAAGAUGAGUGAAAUAUUAUCAAAUUAUUAUUUAACUAA